GGUCUGCAGACUGACGCUCUGUCCCCUGAGCCAAGUGGGUAGGGCUACAAUUCAGUGGUUUUAAAAAAUAUAUUCACGAAGUUGUGCAACCGUCCUCACUAUCUGAUUCCAGAGUGGGCUGUUCUGACUUUGAAAGUCACUGCUGGUUCUAGAGCUCGGAUCCCCAGGGUCCCCCCACAGGUACGGAGGAGUAGAGUUCUGCUUCAAAUGAUUCUGAGGCAGGUGGUUCCUUAACUUGCCUGGUUCAGGGCCUCUUUCUCUUGGGUGUUAAAAAACGAUGCAUUCCUGCCUCGUGAGGAGAUAGGUGAGCAAGCAGACCAUUAGAGUUCAUCUGACGACUAGGGUCUGGGGGGAGGAGGGUAUCUGGUGAAGCCAGGAGUGGGAGGGGGCAUUUGAGCUGAAGUUCUGAGUCCCGGGGAAUGAAAUGACUUGCUGCCCGCAUCAGGGCACAGCACGUGGAAACAGUCAUCCCGGGGAUGUGCUGAGACUGGACGGAGGGGCCGGACUUAGUUCCUGGCUUUUUUUUUAAAAAUGUAAUUUCUAGGUGGUUUUAAGAAAGUUUAGAAUUAGUAGUGUAACUGGAAAUCGUAUGAUUUGGUGUUCUGUGCAGUGCUUUGCCCUAUGUCUUGUCACUCUCCGCUGACAUUCUUCCUUUGGUAAAUCUGCAGGUGGGGGGUCAGGAGGGGUAACCCGCUCGGUGCCCGAGGCCUGUUUGCCAAGCUUGCCUGCUCAGGACUGUCCCUGCUCAGGACUGUCCCUGGAGAUGGAGUCCCUAGAGCUAGUGGGGGUGGGAACCUGAUUUUUAACAGGUGGUUCGGUCUGGGAAAUUUCUAAGGAAACUCACUGUGGUCCAAAACAUUGGACCCAGAAUACAGCAACCCAGGAUAGCCGUGGACUUGGGUCUGGUGGCUGCCUCCUGCCCAUGUAGCCGUGGGGGAAGGGAGCCGGGAGUGAGGGCAGUCAGGGGGACAGAACAGUCCCGUCUGACUGCUGCCCUAUGAGGAAGGGGCGCGGGAAAGCCGAGCUGUGGAGCAGAUGGGGUGUGUUCCUUGAACCCCUUCCUGGCCCGCUGGGGCCUUGGGGGGGGGGUAGGGCUCCUCGGACAGGGUGGGACCCCAUGAUGCCUGUCAUGGGCUGCAGACAGGUUCUUCCUCCGCAGACUUCACAGUUGCCAUGGCAGCAGCAGGGCUUUCCAAGCCUCAGCGCUUCCAUCCACGAAAACAUGUGCAGAAAAGGCAGCUGGAGGAGGGGCUGUAGGGAGACUCGCUGGAAAAGGCAGCGGAGAGAAUUCUGGGUACUCUCCUGGGAGUGGGCAGAGAGGCGCCCCUCAGACGUUUUGGAGGCAGGAGCGUCUGUUUGGGCAGGUGUUGGGAGGCACGGAUUCCUUCCCCCGUGGGCUCCUGUUAGAGCAUCCGACUUCCUUUGGCCUUGAUUUGGGGACUUCGUGAGGACUGACCUCGGUCGAGCCCCCCCUUGGUUGUGCACAUCAAAAGGCAUUGGCAGUGGGACGGAAGGAAGGCCCCUUCGGGAGGAGAGCCGUGCAGAUCACGGAAGUGCAAGGAAGCGUGUGCACAGCUGGUUGGACGCACCACCACGCUUCUAACCAGAUGCACGAGAUGCAGAUAAACCAGUCCCUGUGAUUUAUCACUAAUCUGAACAUGGAAUAAUAUUGCCAGUCUGGACCUCUCCAGUGAUGGCGACUCGACCCCCGCGGCCGCUGCAAUGGCGGGCAGUGCCCACCUGCUGGGCUUCUCCGACGAGAUCCUGCUGCACAUCCUGAGCCACGUUCCCAGCACAGACUUGGUGGUGAACGUGCGGCACACAUGCCGGAAGCUAGCCGAGCUGUGCCUGGACAAGAGCCUCACCCACACGGUGCUGCUGGAGAAGGACUACGAGGCCCGCGAGGACCAGGUGAAGCAGCUCCUGAAGGAGAUGGGCCGGGAGAUCCAGCAGCUCAACAUGGCCGGCUGCUACUGGCUGUCGGGCUCCACCAUCGAGCACGUGGCCCGCUGCCGCAGCCUGGUGAAGGUGAACCUGUCGGGCUGCCACCUCACCUCCCUGCGCCUCUCCAAGAUGCUGUCAGCCCUGCAGCACCUGCGCUCCCUGGCCAUCGACGUGAGCCCCGGCUUCGACGCCGGCCAGCUGAGCAGCGAGUGCAAGGCCACGCUGAGCCGCGUGCGGGAGCUCAGGCAGACGCUGUUCACGCCCUCGUACGGCGUGGUGCCCUGCUGCACCAGCCUCGAGAAGCUGCUGCUCUACUUCGAGAUCCUGGACCGCACGCGCGAGGGCGCCAUCCUGUCGGGCCAGCUCUUUGUGGGCCAGAGCAACGUGCCGCACUACCAGAACCUGCGUGUCUUCUACGCCCGCCUGGCGCCUGGCUACAUCAACCAGGAGGUGGUGCGGCUCUACCUGGCCGUGCUCAGCGACCGCACCCCCGAGAACCUGCACGCCUUCCUCAUCUCCGUGCCGGGCAGCUUCGCCGAGAGCGGGGCCACCAGGAACCUCCUGGACUCCAUGGCCCGCAACGUUGUGCUGGACGCCCUGCAGCUGCCCAAGUCCUGGCUCAACGGCUCGGCCCUGCUCCAGCACAUGAAGUUCAGCAACCCCUUCUACUUCAGCUUCAGCCGGUGCACGCUGUCGGGCAGCCACCUGAUCCAGCACAUCCUCAACGGGGGCAAGGACCUGCGCAGCCUGGCCGGCCUGAACCUCAGCGGCUGCGCCCACUGCCUGUCCCCCGACUCCCUGCUGCGCCGGGCGGAGGACGACAUCGACAGCGGCAUCCUGGAGACGCUGGUGGCGGCCUGCUGCAACCUGCGCCACCUCAACCUGUCGGCCGCCCACCACCACAGCUCCGAGGGCCCAGGCCGGCACCUGUGCCAGCUGCUGGCCCGGCUGUGCCACCUGCGCUCCCUGUCCCUUCCCGUCUGCUCUGUGGCCGACUCGGCGCCACGGGCCGACCGCAAGCCCGCCCAGCCCGCCAUGCACGCUGUGCCCUGCGGCUUCGGCAAGAAGGUGCGCAUCGGCGUGCAGGCGUGUCCCAGCCCCUUCUCGGGGCAGGCGGGCCCCCAGCCUUCCUCCGUGUUCUGGUCUCUGCUGAAGAGCCUGCCCUUCCUGGAGCGCCUCGAGCUGAUUGGGUCCAACUUCUCCUCCGCCAUGCCCCGCAACGAGCCCGCCAUCCGCAACUCCCUCCCGCCUUGCAGCCGGGCGCAGAGCGUGGGGGACGCAGAGGUGGCUGCCAUCGGCCAACUGGCCUUCCUGAGGCACCUGACGCUGGCCCAGCUGCCCAGCAUUCUCACGGGCUCCGGGCUGGUCAGCAUCGGCCUGCAGUGCCAGCAGCUCCAGUCCCUCUCGCUGGCCAACCUGGGCAUGAUGGGGAAGGUGGUGUACAUGUCCGCCCUGUCCGACAUGCUCAAGCACUGCAAGCGGCUGAAGGACCUCAGGCUGGAGCAGCCCUACUUCAGCGCCAACGCGCAGUUCUUCCAGGCACUGAGCCAGUGCUCGGCCCUGCAGCGCCUGUGCCUGGUGUCCCGCAGCGGCACCCUGCAGCCUGAGGCCGUGCUGGCCUUCAUGACCCGCUGCCUGCACGUCGUCGUGUGCCACAUGUUCACCGGGGAGUCCCUGGCCACCUGCAAGAGCCUGCAGCAGACCCUCCUCCGGAGUUUCCAGGCCGAGCGGCCCGCGCUGAACGUCGUCAUCUUCCCCCUGCUGCACGAGGGCCUGACUGACGUCAUCCGGGACGUCCCCAUGGUGCACCUGGACGAGAUCACCUUGUUUAAGAGCCGAGUGGCCGAGGAGCCGCCCAACCUGUGGUGGUGAAGGGACAGCCAGUCUCCCGCCGCGGCCUGUGGUUUUCGUGGCCGAGGAUGCGGGACUGCUCGGCGGCCGUGUGGCCUCCGCCUCUGCCUGGGCCGCCACGGUGCUCGCCCCCUGUCCGCAGACCUGGGACCCCGGGGCGGGCACAGAGGAAGGCAGCCUCCGCCACCCGCACCCGCCAGCCCGGGCUCCCGUUCCUGGGAGGACUCGCCAGUGGAUUGGGCUGUGAGCA